AUGGAUAUUCUUCUCGCAAAAGUCACUCAGCAGGCUAUGAACUAUGCCAUCCGGUCGGGAAUAGCCAUAACCAGCGGAUAUGCUAUCAAACAAUGCGCAAGACUGGUCAAGACUGCGCCGCGUGGAGGCAAGCGAGAAGAACUCUUGAAUCUCCAAGUCCGACUGGAAAGCAAAAUUCGCAUCAUCUCACCGGCCAUCGACAUGAUAGAAUUAAUUGCGGCUCGUGGAAACACUUCUCUGGAAUCUGCGGUUGUUCUUACCAAAGACCUUCGCUGGGAGAUUCAAGCUCUAGGUAUUCGACUCGCAAAUGCCGCCAACGAGGAGGAAUUGUACAGACGCAAGAGUUCGCGGGCAAAGUCAAAAGAGCAGAAUGAGCUGGAGCUGCAGUUGAUUGUUUCGGAUGUCAAGAAACUGCUUGCUCGAAUUGAAGAUGCAGUCCCUCUGAUCAACCUCGCCAUCACAACUUCUGGAGUCAACUUGUCUACAAAUCUUCCGGCAACUGUCUCACCAUCUCGACUACUACAAGCCAGCACCUUCCUCACAGCAGCCGACUCACAGUUCACUGCAACUCCUCAACAGAAUGUUCAAGUUGGGCCAGUCUAUGUCCUCUCAAUUUACAUGCUCUUUGCCAGUCAUACAAAUAGACCACAUGAUGAGGAGAGCGCACGUGAAGCUACAUGGAAGGAGGUCAUCCACAAGGCCCGUCUCAAGCUUGUCCGAGUACCACUGGAUAGUCUCUAUAAUCUACCUGGAAAGUUGACGACACCGAGCGGCGCACGCUACUUUCCGAAAGAGCUGCCUUCCGACAACUCAUCCGUAGAAUAUGCUUACCAACUGGUUCUCGUCGAAGACCUGGACGACGACAGAGUUCACACAUUUGAGGAAGACGAACCUCAACCUGGACCAUUCGAAGAAGUCGCUCUUGCGGGCAUCCGAGAUGUCAUCCCCAUCCAUGAAAUCUCAAAGAUCUUCUACGCAGACACUGGCAAGAUCCUGAACAUUGGCUCCGACGGCGAAAGCAAUAAUCCCAUCCUUCUCCUCAAACGCGAUAUUCACGCAGAGCCGCCUCGCCGUAUGAUGGAGAGACGCUACACCGAAGAUCAAGACUACUACGACGAGGAUGAGGAAAGACCACAAACACAACACAGCGACGACACAGACCUGGACGAACAAGCUCAGAUCAAUGCCCAAUUCUUCCGCGAAUCCACUCCACAACCUCACACCGACGCAAAAGAAGAAACAACAUCAAAGCCAGACUCAGACGCUCAUUGGCGGCUACCCCCAGACCUAGACCCAGAAUGGAUAGCCUUCGAAGUUUACACCGAGGAGCCACCUACUGACGACGAAGAAGACGACGCCGAUGAGGAAACCGAGCCUUCCACACCUCAACCACGCCGGACAUCCACAGACGCAGACUUGACGUCCAACCUCUCGCGCCUCAAACUCCACUCCACCUCUUCAUCACCAGCCGUAAACACUCCCGCCACAACCCAAAUCGCCCACCAACCAUCCACACCAGCGCAACCAACCCCUUCCUCAAAUAUCCGCACAUCCCUCUCCCUCCUCGAAAUGCUAAUCCGCCUAACCGCACUCCAACAAUUCCGCCAAUCCUCUCACCUCACCAUCGAAGACGAACUACUAAAUUUCUUCCUCGAAGACUCCGCAACAACCGGUGCUGGCUCCAAUACCGAAUACCGCCAACGCGUACGCAGAGAUGCCAGACGCAGAGUCGGCUUUGACCCUUACGACGAAUCCCCCAUCAAAAGAAGAGGAGAGGAAUAUCUUGCGCAUCCUCGAGCUGGCAACACACCCGCACCUGAAGAUAUCUCCGACUAUGAAAGAGGUUACAGAGCCGCUUCUGAGAAUCUGUCGGAUUAUGAGAGGGGUUAUCGUGCAGCUUCUGAGGGCUUCGGCGGUGGUGGGGAAAUAAGACAAAGUAUCGAAUACCCCCGCUACUUCUCCGGUCGCAGCAGUAGCGAUCAGAGUGGCGGGUUCGAGAAAUGGUACGCCGGUGAGAGAAAGCAGGGCGGGAAGCCAGACGCCUGA